AUGGAGAGUAAUAACGAAAGCAGCGAGACUUGGGAAGUUCCCAUCAUGCUCAGUCCGGACUUUGAGGAAAUCGCUAGAAUCAAUCCCUUCUACGACAAGAUCAUGGAUAUGUGGAACAAAUCAGCUCAGGCCGCAAGUGAAAUGAUCAUCUCCUCAGGAGGCUCGUCGAGUCAGUCCUCUCCGUCAUCUCCGUCGACACAUUCCGGAAAUGAACAGUCUUGUGUUCAUCGAGAAGCAUCUGCAUCUCUGCUGAGAGAAUGCCAGUGCUAUGCCGAACGUCAUGUACCCAAGCAGGCAUGCACCUUGCUCCAGGUUGGUAGAGAGCAUAAGCCUUCUUAUCGGACUCACGACGGGGUUCUUACUGAACAAACUGCUGUCGUCGAACAUUUUGAUCGCUCCAGAAACGCAUUUCUCAACUCGGUCCAUCCUAUCGAGCAUUAUAAUCAUAAUCAGGUAGAUACUUCUUGUGUGGAACCUGCCUUAAUGCCAACCAAAACCACGCACAAGAAGCUUUUCGGUGAACAUGGCUGGCUCGGCUGCACUGCCGACAUGAACGAUAUUUCGAGCAACGCUCAUAGAUUCAAGGGUUUGAGAGGACUGGGCAGAAAGGUCAUCAAACAAGUGGAAGAACUUGCAGAAGAUAUGGCCAGGGCUCAUCCAAACCCCAUCAUCCAUGCCAGCCUUCGCCCAAGACUUGUCCCCGAAUCAACCAUUCCCAUCUCGCUUGAUCCUCCGACCCAAGCAAAGCUGUAUUCAGAAAUGGAGGUCAUGCUGUGCGUCAGCACCAACAAGUUCCUUCUCGGACAAUACAAUGAGGGCCGUCUGUCCGAAGAGUCAAUUCGAAAGGUCACUAACUAUUGGGGAUCGAAAAACCGUCCUCAGGUUGUUGAGUUCCAGUUCGACCAGGCCACCCAGCGCCGGUUGGUCCUGGCGAAUAUCCGGACACUUCGUUUCAGUGGCGAAUGCUCAACCAACGCAGUUCUCCUGAAGUCGAACUUGAAUAAUUGGAAGGCACUUAGCAAGGAGAUGGGUGUCCGCACCUUCUGUUUCCCUGAUAGCGCUGUCCGCAAGCACAUGCAUGACAUCCAUAAACUGUUGGACAUGCUGGACGCGCCUCUUACCACAUAUCUCACAUUUGAAGAGCUUCAGAUGAGCAUACUGUCUUUGAUGAAGUCCCAUCUGGAAAAGCUCUGCCAAGUUGAUGGUAGUCAUGAGAAGCUGCGUCACCCAGGUCGAAAAAAUCCAUUCCAGGACAUAAUACAUGCAAAGAGACUGAUCUCAGACUCUCAUAGAGGAAUAACACAACUCACCGUGCAGCCCGUGGACCAAUCGCCACGUAUGCAUCACCACAUCGCCCCGAAGCCUUUAAAGUACAGAAAUGAGGCACGAGGAGACCUGAGACCAGCUAAACCGCCUAAAACCCCUCCCGGGCAAUAUAUCACCAAUCAUUUGAACCCACUUACGAGUGCCCUGACUCUAUUUGAUACAACAGUCGAUCACACCUCACCUUGCCAGAUCAUCCGGGUAAUGGCUCAUAAACUUCCGAGAAGGUCCGUAAAAGUUCUUGAGAAUGUUCAACUAUAA